GAAUUAAAGUAACAAAAACAGUCGCAUACUUCAAAAAUUAAAAUCCACCCAUCCCUAGUUCAAAGGAAUCUAGCCACACAUGUUUAUGUUCUCAACAGCCAUGAAAAAUAAAUCCCAACAGAAAAUCAUAGUAAAAAGUUCAGAAACAACAAAACCCAAACUACGAAGAAUUGCAAUUGGCCGAAUGGUGUUCUGUGGUCGGGAAGCAAGGCUGGGCGGUGAAGAAGCAAGGCUGGGCAGUGAAGAAGCAAGGCUGGGCGGCAGCGUGGUUCUUCUGCAAACGGAUUUGGGUCUUGCGUUCUCAACUCGCAGAGCAGAUUUGUGCGGUUGUCCUUCUCCUUCUGUGCAGAACAGUUUCGUGCGGCUCUGUGUGUUGGUGUCCUCUUCUGCUGCUGGUGAACAACAGAAGCAAGGCUGGGAUGUGGACGGCUGGGUUGUGGGCGGCUGGGUGCUGUUGCGCAGAACAACUCUCUUGCGUCUGUCUCUCUGUGUGGCUGUAUUGGCUGAUAAUAUAAAGUUAACUUGUAGACUUGUAAAAGGUAGUCAUUACACUGGUGUUGAGGAUGAUGCUGUAAACAUUGUAAAGCUGGAGGAUGAAAGGGGGUUUUUGGUUGAUCUCAUGGCAGCUCCUGGGACACUUAUACCUGCUGAUAUUUUCAGUGCAAAGGAUACUGCUUUGAAGUCAUAUAAUCCAUCACUAAGCAAAAUCCUGACUAUUCAGUCUUCUCAUGAUGUUGAAGUUGUUUACCUGAGAGCCAAAUUAAAUGUUGAAGGCGGUCCAAGUGGUGACUCUGCUGUUGGCACUUCCAUAAUAUCUAACAAAAUGUCCCCUAAUCAGUUAGAUCAUCUUCCUUCUACUGCAAUUGGAGCUUCACUUUAUAAAGGGAGUCGUGGGACCAAUCUUACGGUCGACAAUCUUAAUCCUUUCCAGAUAAAAGGGACAGGUAAAACUUACCUGCAGAACAAAUCUACUGAAAGCAAAGUUGAUGAGCUUCAGAGACAAAAAAUGAAUGUUGUCACCAGUUGCUCCCCUGUCCCACUAUGGAAGAAUCGGCCUGCUUACAAUGAGAUCCCUAAGAAAAAGGAGUACAAUUAUGUGGAUGGUCUAUUUCCCAAAAUCAAUCGCAAGCCUUAUGAGUUCCAUCAAUCAGCCUCAGCUUCAACCAGCUCAACAAAAUCUGAAAAGGUCCAUGCUCAUGGUUUCAAGUUAUCGGGUGAUUCCAAUCUCCCCAAUAAUGAUAAUAAGUCUAGGGAUCGUUUGUCUGACAUGGGACAAUCUUUGAUGGUUCAGGAUGUGAGCACUAACUUUAAUGAAGAAAAAUCCAAUGGAUGGCAGGAUGUGCAAAAUAACACAGUGGAUAUGGUUAAAGAUCAGGAAAGUAAUGAAGUGGGUUUACAUGAUCGCAGAAAGUCCACACUGAUAGAUGUAUGGGGAAAAAUCUUAAAUUGAAGAAUCCUGAAAGUCCUAGGUCACCAGUUGAUUGGAUAACAGAAAGGGUUGAUCAACUCUUUGAUGACGUAGAUGUGGGUGAUUGUGAAAUUGCAUGGGAAGACUCGCAUAUUGGUGAAAGAAUUGGACUGGAUAAGGCAUAUGAUCUAUUCUCUAUUAGGUUCAUAUGGAGAGGUCUAUCAUGCUCAUUGGAAUGACACGGUUAGUUUUAGAUACUAUUUUUCCGUUGAAAUUUGUAAAGUCGAUCACUUCUUUCCUUAUUUUCUUUUUAUUUGUUGUUGUUUUAUUUAAAGUUGGAGAACUUGUUCUUGGCUCUUUAAAAUGUUCUCUUUAAGAUGUUGGUUUGUCAUUUUUAUGUUGCUUUAGAGACUCAGUGAUGGCUUAUAAUAUGACUACAUGGAUUAACAUGAACAUCACUGUAGAACCUUUUACAUGAACAAUACUCCAAUAGUUUAGAUGGUAAUAUAGAAUUUUUAAUAAG